ACGGACAAUAAGAAACGAGAUCUAUGAGAAGAAGUUGGUUUUCUGGGAACAGAACUGCAUAGAAAGGAGCCUCUGUCUAACUUUUCUGAAGAAGUGAGGAGUGACUCACGAAAGCUCAUAUACUCUCCCACAACUUCUGUUGAUCUUUAAGGCGCUACUACUAGAUUCUUUUCUACUGCCACACAGAGAGAGUAACAAGACUUGACCUAACUCUUCUAUCUACUUAAGAGUGUAAUUCCCGCAACUCUUGCCCCGCAUAUGGCGAAGUCUAGCAGGAACCGGCAGUAUGGGCUAUGUGGACAUUGUCACUUUUUCCCGAGCUCUACGAGAAUGGAAGAGUCAUCAGACAUGCGCGGAAGGUUUGAUGCGGGCGCCAUAGUUAGCCGAAGUGUAUAAGGCUGAAUAAGGAACCGAUCAAGAUCUUGGUAGGGUAGAGAUGUGGAAAUGGCUUUCCUGGGUUUGCUUUGGUUUAUGACUCCACUGCAGCUUUAGAGUAGCAGCAGAGGCAACGUCGUGGUUUUUAUACGUUUUAUCAUUCUGGGCCCAGAAGGUAUUCUAACUCCUCCUGUCUCUAUUCUUCGUGAAAACUUACUUAUCUAAUGAUUAUAAGUGAAGUUAUUGAAGAAUGUUUGUUCCAAGAGCUCUUAAAGUCAAGAGGGCUGCUACUGAUGAUGGGAGCUGCAUGAGUAAGAAAACCAAGUCUUCUCCCAGUGAAUCCUCAUUAGAAGAGGCCUCAACGUUUAGAGAGGCUGAAUUGGAUAUAAAAGAAAUAUCUGCCUCAGGAAUUGACUUCCUUCCAGUGGAAGGACAUACAGAACCACAGACUUCUCUAGAUUCAUCUGUGGCAAUUAUUGAAGGAACUUUGGGAGAUGGAAAAAAUGGGAACUGUUCUCUUGAAGAGGAGCCUAUAAAAUCGUUCAGUAGAACUCAACGGUGGCCUGAACCUGGUGAGCCUGUCUGUGUGGUGUGUGGUCGUUAUGGGGAGUACAUCUGUGACCAGACUGAUGAAGAUGUCUGUAGCUUGGAGUGUAAAGCCAAACACCUUUUACAUGUUCAAGAAGAGAAGAAAGACUCCAAGCCUCCUGAUAGUGACCAAGCAGAAUCUCAGACCAGGUCUGCCUAUCUUAACCAUACUUACAUCUAUCAAGAAGAUGAUUUUGUAUUAAGUCUACAAGACAGGCAGAUUGACAGUUUAAGGCUGCAACUGGGCAUCACUGUCGAAGGUCAAGGAGUUGCAAGACCUAUCAUAGAAUUUGAGCACUGUGGCUUCCCUGACAUUUUAAACUGCAAUUUAAAAAAGUCUGGGUACGAAGUCCCAACCCCUGUCCAGAUGCAAAUGAUUCCAGUUGGAUUACAUGGCAGGGAUAUUGUGGCCACUGCUGAUACGGGCUCAGGCAAAACUGCAGCUUUCCUGCUUCCAGUUAUAAUUAAAGCUUUGACUGAGACAGAAGCCCCAUCUGCUCUUAUUUUGACACCAACAAGAGAGCUGGCGAUACAGAUUGAGAAGCAAGCUAAGGAGCUUAUGAUUGGUCUACCAAAUAUGAGAACGGUCCUUCUUGUUGGAGGAUUGCCAUUACCACCUCAGCUCCAUCGCCUAAAGCAAAAUGUUAAGGUUAUAAUAGCAACGCCUGGAAGGCUCCUAGAAAUUCUAAAGCAAAGCUUUGUACAACUCCAUCGUAUUAAAAUCGUUGUAGUGGAUGAAGCUGAUACGAUGUUAAAAAUGGGUUUCCAGCAGCAGAUUUUAGAUAUUUUGGAAAAUAUCCCUAGAGAUCGUCAGACUCUCCUAGCAUCAGCCACAAUGCCUUUUGGGACUGAGCAACUAGCAAGUCGGCUUCUGCAAAAUCCUGUAAAAAUCACCAUUGGAGAAAAGAAUCUGCCAUGCUCCAAUGUUCGCCAGAUUAUCUUGUGGGUAGAAGAACCCUCCAAAAAGAAAAAACUUUUUGAAAUAUUAAAUGAUAAGAAGCUCUUCAGGCCUCCAGUGCUGGUGUUUGUAGAAUGCAAACUAGGCACAGAUCUUCUGAGUGAGGCUGUUCAUAAAAUCACAGGCUUACAAACAGUAUCGAUGCACGCUGAUAAAUUGCAGACAGAAAGAACUGCCAUAUUACAGGGAUUGUUGCAAGAUAAAUAUGAAGUGGUUGUAAGCACUGGAAUCCUUGGACGAGGACUUGAUCUAGUCAAUGUUAAGCUGGUUGUUAACUUUGACAUGCCGUCUAGUAUGGAUGAAUACGUACAUCAGGUUGGAAGAGCUGGACGAUUGGGUCAACGUGGAACUGCAAUUACUUUUAUUAAUAACAACAGUAAGAAACUUUUCUGGGAUGUUGUAAAGCGAGUUAAACCAACAGGCACUAUUCUCCCUCCCCAGUUAUUAAAUUCCCCAUAUCUUCAUGACCAGAAGAGAAAGGAACAACAGAGAAGCAAGCAGUCGCAGAAUGGGCUUGUAACAGCUGAUAACCUUGUGGACAUUAUUAGAAAACACGACAGACAUGUUUCACAGAAGUAACAAAUGCAUUUGUACAUCAUGUUAAUGAGUGCUGAAUUCUAAUUUAAAUUAAAAUCCCUGGAUGCAUUUCCACUGAA